UUGUAAUCUUUAGAGGCGUCUAAAUCAAGGACCUCCACACAGGCAGCUGAUGAUACUGCCGGCAGAUACACUAUUCAUUUAAUAAAUAAAUAAAGCAGUAUUUUGUCGCGGCCCACAGGCUCGGAUGGAACAGAGGAUGCUUAUUUUUAUCAUUCUCAGUUUAAUUUGACGAAUGUCUGUGGCAUCUAAGGGGGAAAUGUGUGGAUUUAUGCAGUCAGAGCUUUAAAUGAGGAUCAUGGCGUUUCCGGAGGGAGAAUCACUCGAAUCCUGGCUCAACAAAGCCACACACCCCACCAACCGGCAGGAGGACUGGGAAUAUAUUAUCGGGUUUUGUGAUCAGAUCAAUAAGGAGUUGGAAGGUCCACAGAUAGCUGUGAGACUCCUCGUUCACAAAAUCUACUCUCAAGAAUGGGAAGCCCUUCAAGCUCUGACUGUACUGGAGGCGUGUAUGAAGAACUGUGGGCGAAGAUUUCACAACGAAAUAGCCAGAUAUAGGUUUUUAAAUGAGCUGAUUAAAGUGGUUUCACCCAGGUACAUGGGGAACAGUGUUUCUGAGAAGGUGAAGAAUAAGAUCAUUGAGAUGCUGUACAGCUGGACGGUGGCGUUUCCCAACGAGUCCAAGAUCGCAGACGCGUACCAGGCGCUCAAGAAGCAAGGACUCGUGAUGACGGACCCAGAACUGACGGUGGACAAAACCCUGAUCCCGUCGCCUCCCGCUCGGCCCAAAAACCCUGUGUUUGACAACGAGGACAUGGGGAAGUUGUUGGCUGAACUUCUGAGGAGCAAAAACCCAGAAGAUCUUCAGGAGGCGAACAGACUCAUCAAAAACAUGGUGAAAGAGGAUGAAGCCCGAGUGCAGAAGAUGAGCAAACGCAUCCACACGCUGGAGGAGGUGAACAUCAACGUCAAGCUCCUGGGGGAAAUGCUGAGUCAGUACGACAGGGACCGAUCGUCAGACGCCGACCGCGAGCUCAUCAAGGAGCUGUACGAGCGCUGUGACAAACUCCGACGCACCGCGUUCAAACUGGCCACCGAAGCGGAGGACAACGACUCCAGUCUGGGGGACAUUCUCAAGGCGAACGAUGAUCUGUCCAGAGUAAUCGGCUCUUAUAAACGAGUCGUGGACGGACAGGCGGACGAUAACGAGUGUGAGGAUCUCAGACCGGCCGCUAGUGAAGGAUGCGAGACCACGGGCACAUUGAUUGAUCUGGCUGGACUGGAUGAACCUUCCUCUCCCCCGACCGUCCCUCCUCCUCUUCCUCUUCCUCCUCCUCAGAUCUCGUCCACCAAUCACACGGCCUCCUCCAUCCCUGUGCUCCCGCCUCCUCCUCGCCGAUUGGCCGGCAGUCAGAAGAGCAGCCCCAAUCACAGGCCUCCUGAGCAGCAGACCUCCCUCUCCCUGCUGGACGACGAACUCUUGUCUCUCGGCCUGAAUGAUCCGCCCUCUGUGCCGAACAGACCAAAGCUGGAUGAACUCUCUGCUCAGUGGACGUCCCUACAGGCUCCUGAUGCGGACCUGGACCUGUUUGGGAGCAUCUCGGCCCCGAGCGCCGCCUUCCCCACGUCACACACCCCGGCUGUCAGUCAGGGGAUGCAGGAUCUCUCCAUGCUGGACUUUGGAGGUGGAAAGAGUGUUUCAGGUCUGAGCGGUAUCGCUGGAGGAACGUUUGGUCUUUCUGGAGGCUUCAUGGGCUCGGCGGGCUCUAACCCGUUCAUGAGCGCGGCGGGUCCCUCGUCUCCGGCUGUGGCUCGGGCUCAGGCCGGGACAUGCGGCUCGGCUCCGGGCAGCCCCUUCUUUCAGCCCUUCUCGUCCCACUCGCCCCAGAGCAGCCCGGCGAGGAGCGCAGAGCCCAGCCUGGCCAGCCUGCACGUCCCGCUCGAGGCCAUCAGACCCAGUAAAGUCUUACCUGUGACGGUGUACGAUAAGGAUGGAGUUCGUGUUCUUCUGCACUUCGCGAUGGACUGUCCCCCGGGUCGUCCGGACGUCCUGGUGAUCGUGGUGUCGCUGCUCAACACGGCACCGUUGCCCGUGAGGAACGUAUUACUGCAAGCAGCCGUUCCCAAGUCUAUGCGAGUGAAGCUUCAGCCUCCGUCAGGCACAGAGAUCGCGCCCUUUAACCCCAUCCAGCCCCCCGCCUCCAUCACUCAGGUCAUGCUGCUCGCCAACCCACUGAAGGAGCGUGUGCGUUUGCGCUACAAGCUGACGUAUCUGCUGGGCGAGCGCCAGUACUCGGAGGUGGGAGAGCUGGACCAGUUUCCUCCAGCGGACAGAUGGGGAUCCCUCUAGAGAAACCCAAACCUUCGUUCCCAAGUAUCCCGUUCAUUUGUGCUGCUGAUUUAUGUUCAAUCAGUGUUUUACUGUAGCGCUGCGAAGCUGCACUCGAUGCUUGAUGUUUUUCACCAAAAUUCAAGCUGGAUAUUAUCAUAAUAACACACCGUCAGUGACACACAUGAUGUCCUGAAGCGGACGCACGCGUUUCAGAGAUUGAUCUUUUGUGUGCUGCACUUACAGCAGUUUACCAUGGUAAUCACAGUU